ACAGUUUCCCGCCAUUACUGAACGAUCUUCGCUUUGCGAAAUUUUAUUAAAUUGCAUAAAUUGGUGGCGUUUGAAAUGGCCGAUUCACCAUCUGGUCCGCGUGUGAAGCGACAGCGCAUCGACAAAUCGGGUCGAUUUGCGGCGCUGGAACGCCUGAAAGGUCUCAAAGGAACCAAAAACAAAUGUGAGGUGGAAGAUAAAGUUGACGAUGUUUACGAGGUGGUCGACGAGCGCGAAUAUGCGAAGCGCGCCAACGAGAAAUAUGGCGGCGAUUGGAUUGAAGAAGAUGGGACUGGCUAUGCCGAAGAUGGACGUGACUUUUUUGAGGAUGAAGACGAGUACUCUGACGGCGGCAAUGAGCAGACCAAUGGCAAACAAAAGAAAGUGAACAACGCAAAAAAACGGCCACGCGACACCGAAAAACCUGCCAAGGGUAAAGCAUCGAUUCGCAAUCUGUUCAGCAAUGCAGUGCCCAGAAAGACGGACAUCAAGAAUAGCGUUAAGGAUGACGACAUUCUGGCCGAUAUACUGGGCGAAAUUAAGCAGGAGCCAGCGGGCGAGUCAUCUAUGCUGCAGCAACAGAAGAUUAUAGCGCCAGCCAAAAUUGUGGCUGCUACACGAAAAUCCGAGGCAGUCGCUGCCAAAGAAUACAUGAACAGUUUUCUGACCAACAUCAAAAUGCAGGAACAGCAGCGCAAAAAGUCCGAUGCAGCCAGCGACGAUGAAAUGCUGGAUCGCAUACUGCAACCAAAGGCGGCAAUCCCCAACAAAAAGAUCACGCCAAUUGUGCCAACAGUUGCAGCGCAAAUAAAACGGGAGCAGAUCGCGCAAUCUGUUGAAGAGCAGCCCAAACAGCAGACAGAAGCAGCUGCAGCUGAUCAUUGCGAUAAUGACUUGGAUUUCAGUUGCCUGGAGGACGAUGAAAAUCAACUGGAGCCGACGGCCUCUAUUGCCAAGCCAGAGCCCAAAGCAUCGCCAGCAGUUGCAAAGCCCGAGGCAGACGAUAUGAGUAAGCUGCUAAGCAACUGGGAGUCCAUAUGCCAAAUGGACGAUGAUUUUGAGAAAUCAGUAAUGGCCAGCGAAGCAGAGACCAGUGCUGGCAACGAUCCGGUUGAUGUGGAACAGCUGCGCUUCUGGUAUUGGGAGGCCUGGGAGGAUCCAAUCAAGUUGCCAGGCGAAGUGUUUCUCUUUGGCCGCACACCCGAUGGUAAAUCCAUCUGUGUGCGCGUGCAGAAUAUCAAUCGUGUCUUGUAUCUGCUGCCCAGACAAUAUCUCCUCGAUCCCAUUACAAAGGAGCACACAAAGCAAAAGGUGACCGCUGCCGACAUGUACAAGGAGUUUGAUACGCACAUCGCCACUGAAUUGAAACUGGAAACGUUUCGAUCGCGCAAGGUGAGCAAAAGCUUUGCCAAUCAUGCCAUUGGCAUCGAUGUGCCGCAGACCUGCGACUACCUGGAGGUGCACUACGAUGGCAAGAAGCCGGCACCGAAUAUGCUCAACAAGAAAUAUGAUUCCAUUGCGCACAUCUUUGGAGCGAGUACCAAUGCACUGGAGCGAUUCUUGCUGGAGCGCAAGAUCAAGGGUCCCUGUUGGCUGCAGAUAAGCGGAUUUAAUGUGAAUCCCGCGGCAAUAAGCUGGUGCAAAACGGACGUCACAAUUGCUGAGCCUAAGAACGUUGAGGUCUUGCAGGAGCAGGGCAAGCCAACGCCACCGCCGGCCAUUACACUGUUGACCCUAAAUGUGCGCACCUCGAUGAACCCAAAGACGCUCCGCAAUGAGAUAUGCAUGAUUUCGAUGCUGACUCAUAAUCGCUUUCACAUUGACAAGCCGGCGCCGCAGCCCGCCUUCAAUCGUCACAUGUGCGCCCUGACACGACCCGCUGUCUCCAGCUGGCCCUUUGACCUGAACCUGCAGCUGGCCAAGUACAAGUCGACGAAGAUCUAUAAGCAUGACUCGGAGCGUGCGCUGCUCAGCUGGUUUCUGGCGCAGUACCAACAGAUCGAUGCCGAUCUCAUUGUCACCUUCGAUGCAAUGGAUUGCCAGCUGAAUGUGAUCACCGAUCAGAUUGUCGCCCUCAAAAUACCGCAAUGGUCACGCAUGGGUCGAUUGCGUUUCACGCAAACAUUUGGCAAACGGCUGCUGGAUCACUUUGUCGGACGCAUGGUCUGCGAUGUGAAGCGUUCGGCGGAGGAGUGCAUACGUGCUAGAUCCUAUGAUCUGCAGUCGCUCUGUCAGCAGGUCUUAAAGCUGCAGGAAUCGGAGCGCAUGGAUGUCAAUGCCGACGAUCUGCUUGAGAUGUACGAGAAGGGCGACAAUAUUACGAAGCUCAUCUCGUUGACCAUGCAGGAUGCCUCCUACAUGCUGCGUCUCAUGUGCGAGCUGAACAUAAUGCCGCUGGCCUUGCAGAUAACCAACAUUUGUGGAAACACAAUGACGCGCACCUUGCAAGGCGGUCGCUCCGAGCGUAAUGAGUUUCUCUUGCUGCACGCCUUUCACGAGAAGAACUACAUUGCGCCCGACAAGCAGCCACAGCGACGUGGCGCUGCUGUCAAAGCUGAAGCUGAUCCGAAUGCCACCACUGGCAAUGACACAACGGUGGCAACAACGGGUGCCGGAGCCGCACGUAAAAAGGCUGCCUAUGCGGGUGGAUUGGUGUUGGAACCGCUGCGCGGUCUGUACGAGAAAUACGUGCUGCUAAUGGACUUCAAUUCACUGUAUCCGAGCAUCAUCCAGGAGUACAAUAUAUGCUUCACAACGGUGCAACAGCCACACGAUGCCGAUCAGCUGCCCGUGCUGCCCGAUUCCAGUGCGGAGCCAGGAAUUCUGCCGCAACAACUGCGCCGUCUGGUCGAGUCGCGUCGCGAGGUGAAGAAGCUAAUGGCUGUGCCGGAUUUAUCGCCCGAGCUGCACAUGCAAUAUCACAUACGUCAGAUGGCCCUCAAGCUGACUGCGAACUCGAUGUACGGUUGUCUGGGAUUUGCGCAUUCGCGUUUCUUUGCCCAGCAUUUGGCGGCGCUGGUGACGCACAAGGGUCGCGAGAUUCUGGUCAAUACACAGCAACUGGUGCAGAAGCUCAACUACGAUGUGGUCUAUGGUGACACAGAUUCCCUGAUGAUCAACACGAAUAUAACGGACUACGAUCAGGUCUAUAGGAUUGGGCACGCCAUCAAGCAGAGCGUCAACAAGCUGUACAAGCAACUCGAGCUGGACAUCGAUGGCGUCUUUGCCUGUCUGCUGCUGCUUAAAAAGAAGAAAUAUGCCGCCGUCAAGCUGAGCAAGAAUGCAAAGGGCGUACUGCGACGUGAGCACGAGUACAAGGGUCUGGACAUUGUGCGUCGCGAUUGGUCACAGGUGGCCAUCAUGGUGGGCAAAGCGGUGCUCGAUGAAGUGCUCGCCGAGAAGCCACUCGAGGACAAACUGGACGCUGUGCACGCCCAGUUGGGACGCAUCAAGGAUCAAAUUGAACAAUCGGCUGUGCCGUUGCCGCUGUAUGUGAUCACCAAGCAACUGACACGUGCGCCACAGGAGUAUGCGAACAGCGCCUCGCUGCCCCAUGUCCAAGUGGCAAUGCGCAUGAAUCGCGAACACAAUCGGCGCUACAAAAAAGGCGACAUGGUUGACUAUGUGAUCUGUCUGGAUGGCACCACAAAUGCGGCCAUGCAGCGCGCCUAUCAUCUGGAUGAGCUGAAGGGCAGCGAAACGCUCAAGCUGGACACCAACUACUAUCUAAGCAAUCAAAUCCAUCCAGUGGUCACGCGAAUGGUCGAAGUGCUCGAGGGCACCGAUGCCAGUCGCAUUGCCGAGUGCCUUGGCAUGGAUGCCAGCAAAUUCAGGCAGAAUGCUCAACGCAUACAACGUGAGCGCACUGAGGAGGCUGAGGGGGAAUCGUUGCAGAAGACCACGCUGCAGCUGUAUCGCCUUUGCGAACCAUUCCGCUUCAAUUGUGUGGCCUGCAAGACGGAGCAGCUGAUGGCCAGCGCCUAUCGACCAGGCCCAAAUAGCAGCCAUGUGCCCGUGCUGCAGCAGUGCGUCAAUGCCGAGUGCCAGACAUCGCCGCUGCAAUAUCUAGUUAGCAUACGCAAUCAGUUGCAGUUGCGCAUACGCGGCUAUGUGCAGCGCUUUUAUCGCAACUGGCUGGUGUGCGAUCAUCCCGAUUGCAACUACAAUACGCGAAGCUAUUCGAUACGGCUUGAGUUGCGUCGACCGUUGUGCCUCAAGUGCAGCAGCGGCGCCAUGCUGCGCCAGUACUCGGAACGUGAUCUCUACAAUCAGCUGUGCUACCUGCGCUUCAUGUUUGACCUCAACAAGCAGCAGCUGACCCAGAAGCCUACGCUAACGCCCGAACUGGAGCAGGCUUAUCAGCUGCUGUUGGACACUGUGGAACAGCAAUUCCAAAGUUCUGGAUAUGUGGUCAUAUCGCUGGGCAACAUAUUUGCGCGCAGCCUGGCGCUGUCAUCGCUGCAACCUCCGAAGAAGGCCCAGCGAGAUGAUGAGAUUGCCAGUAGUUUGGCGGAUGUUUAGAUCUUUACACAACCUGCACUUUUAUUAUUACACACAACUAGAACACACGCACAUCUGGUGACAAAUAUGUAUAAACUCUUUGAUAAACUAGCUGAGAAACUUCUCGAGCGGAAAGUGA